AUGAAGCGCUUUUUGGUUCUGGCUCUCGCGGCCCUUGGCUGCCAGGCCAAGACGGUCACAUACGACUUCAAUGUCACCUGGGUCACGGCCAACCCCGAUGGAUUGGCGGAGCGCAAAGUCGUUGGAAUCAAUAACCAAUGGCCGCUGCCUCUGAUUGAGGUUGACAAGGGCGAUCAGCUCGUCGUCAACAUGCACAAUGGCCUUGGAGACAGGCCGUGCUCAAUCCACUGGCACGGCAUAUUCCAAAACACCACAAACCACAUGGACGGCGCUUCCAUGGUCACGCAGUGCCCCGUUCCUCCUGGACAGAGCAUGACUUACAACUUCACCGUGAACCAGAACGGCACCUACUGGUAUCACUGCCACACAGACUACUGCUACCCCGAUGGUUACCGCCAGGCGCUCAUCGUGCACGACGAGCAUGCGCCAUUCAAGUUUGAUGGAGAGUUUACAGUUACCUUGUCUGACUGGUACCACGAGAUGGUUGAUGGCAUUUUGUCGGCAGAGUUCAUGUCUGUGUACAACCCUACCGGCGCGGAACCUAUUCCAUCAUCUUUCCUCUUCAACGAUACCAUGAACACCAGCCUCCCUGUCGAGCCGAACAAGACAUAUCUGAUCCGACUCAUCAACAUCAGUGCCUUUGUUGCGCAGUACUUUUACAUCGAAGGCCACACCUUUAAGAUUGUGGAAAUCGACGGUGUGUACACGGAGCCUACCGAGGCUGACACUCUCUACAUUGCUGUCGCUCAGAGAUAUGCGAUCCUCCUGACGACCAAGAACGAGACGACCACGAACUAUCCCAUUGUCACCGUGGCGGACUCUGCCUUGCUUGAUGACAUCCCCGACGAUCUUCAACUGAACAACACCAACUGGCUGGAGUACAACAAGAAUGCCGACCACCCACAGGCCACAAUCAAUGUCACUGACGCCACGGAGCUCGUUCCCUUUGACGAUAUCACACUGGUGCCCGUAGACAAGAUGGAGCUUCUCCCCGAGCCUGAUCUGGAGAUUAACGUGACGGUCAUCAUGAACAACCUGAACACCGGAUUCAGCUACGCAUUCCUGAACAACAUCUCUUACACCAAGCCCAAGGUGCCAUCUCUCCUCACCGCACUGUCGGCUGGAGAUUUGGUGGCCAACAACGAGAUCUACGGCGAAUUCACGCACCCCAUGGUCCUCAACCACAACGAUGUCGUGCAGAUCGUGGUAAAUAACGCCGACGGUGGUUCGCACCCGUUCCAUCUCCACGGCCACAACUUCCAGGUCAUUGAUCGUGCGCCGCCAUAUGGCGAGCACUUUUACGACUACUUGAACGGAGAUCCUGUCUACUACGACCCAAGCAACCACACCGCGUUCCCCAAGAUCCCGGCCCGCAGAGACACGUUCGUUCUGCCGCCCCAAGGCUACUUUGUCAUGCGUUUCGUUGCCGACAACCCCGGCGUUUGGCUCUUCCACUGCCACAUUGAUUGGCAUCUUGCUUCCGGUCUGGCCAUGAUCCUGAUCGAGGCUCCUCAGCAGAUGCAGGAGCGCAUCAAGAUUCCCCAGGAUCACCUCGACGUUUGCAAGGCCGCUGGAAUUCUCACCAAUGGAAACGCCGCGGCUGACACAGCAAACUUCCUCGAUCUCAAGAACCAAGCUGCGCAGCCGGGCUGGAUUCCCGAUGGAUUCACGGCGCGAGGAAUCGUUGCGCUUGUGUUUUCCAUUCUGUCUGCCAUCAUCGGUAUCAUCAGCAUUGUGAUUUACGGCCUGGCGGAUGUCAAGAACAAGCAGGCGGACGAGAACGUUCCCGAGUCAGAGCAGGGUGAAGUUGCGGUGGAGGAGACUGUGGAAAACCCGCCCAAGUCCUGAAGGGAGAAGGGACAUGAGUUUUUUGAUGAUUGCAUGUGAUGGUUUAAGUUAGGUUUUGGUAAAAUACCCCGUGUAAUGGUGGUGGGAAAGGAAAUACAAAAUGGAGUUUGAUGUUUCUUAAUUGAGGCUCUUUUGCAUAGUUUCAAAUGUCGAUUGG